AUGGCUCUCCCCCUGCUCCUGGCCCAUGCGCCACAAACCCCCAGCUCCCUCCUCCCCUCUCUCACCCUUCGCCGCUGCCGGCAUCUCGACGCCCAUGGGAUUUUGACAGUAGUUGUUAUUCUGGUUGUUGUGGCGGUGGGGUAUAAGAUCUGGCGACAGCGCCAAGUAAAUCGCCGAGCAAUGCUCAGCGAUCCCCAGCAGGUACUUAUAUAUGAGCACUUGAAAGAGCGUGAGGCUGCCGAAAAGGCCGAGAAGAAGAAGAACGGCGGGCCUUGGUGGGCCUUCAAGAGAUCCUCCCCCCGGUAA